AUGGCCACCUCCACCAUGUCUGUCUGCUCCAGUGACCUGAGCUACGACAGCCGGGUCUGCCUGCCCGGCUCCUGUGAUUCUUGUACUGACUCCUCCUGGCAGGUAGACGACUGCCCAGAGAGCUGCUGUGAGCCCUGCUGCUGUGCCCCCAGCUGCUGCCAGUCCAGCUGCUGUGUCCCUAGCUGCUGCCAGCCAAGCUGCUGCCAGUCCAGCUGCUGUGCCCCCAGCUGCUGCCAGUCAAGCUGCUGUGUCCCCAGCUGCUGUGCCCCAGCCCCCUGCCUGACCCUCAUCUGCACCCCAGUGAGCUGUGUGUCCAGCCCCUGCUGCCAAUCUUCCUGCUGCACACCUUCAUGCUGCCAGCAGUCUAGCUGCCAGUCAGCUUGCUGCACCUGCUCCCCAUGCCAGCCAUCCUGCUGUGUGACCCUUUGCUGCAAGCCUGUCUGCUGCACACCCAUCUGCUCUGGACCAUGCUGCCAGCAGUCUAGCUGCCAAUCCUCAUGCUGUCAAGCCCCCUGCUGUGUGCCUGUCUGCUGCAAGCCUGUCUGCUGCACACCCAUCUGCUCUGGCUCCUCCUCCUGCUGCCAGCCCUCCUGCUGUGCUCCUGUCUGCUGCAAGCCUGUGUGCUGCAAGCCCUGCUCCAGCCUGUCCCUGCUGUGUCGCCCUGUGUGCAGACCUGCCUGCUGUGUGCCCACCUCCUCUUGCUGUGCCUCCUCCUGCCAGCCCAGCUGCCGCGGCCCAACCUCCAGUGUGUCCCUGCUGUGCCGCCCUGCCUGCUCCAGACAGGCCUGCUGUGGCCAGAAGUCCAGCUGCUGA